AUGGACAUUGAUCGUACUACUACUACUACUACUACAAAGCGUGAUGAUGAUAUUAUAAAGCACGAAACACGUAAAGAAGUAAAGGAUGCAGCACCUAUGAAACUAUCUACAGUCUUAAAAGAUGAGAGCCAUGUGAUGAAAUUUCAUCUAACAAAUCCAUUGCAGCUCGUAGACUUGACCGACAGGACUAAACCAAAGCUAAAAGUAUCAGAAAGUGGACGUUUUGAAGAUCAAUUUUAUCAUGCACAUGAUGGUAGUAAGACCAUGGCGAGAUUACGUAAACGUUCAUAUCAGAAUCAAACCGUUCAUACGAGUGGCAAUGACGUGGAACAGUUUUCAGAUGCUGAUAUCAUUACAAGUGGAUAUUUAGUCAAACGGGGAUCAUUCUGGAAAUCAUGGAGACGUCGUUUUUUUAUCUUGAGAAGAGAUCGACCUUUACUGUGCUAUUACACAUCGGCGGAGGAACUUGCAAAGCUUGGAGAGAUUACUAUUGACGAGAAUACGCACGUACAGCAUACUCCAAAGGACGGGGUCCCGUAUCGAUUUACGAUCAAAAGCGAUCGACGUACACUGACGCUGUUUGCAGAGCAAGGUGAGGAGUCCAUGGAAGCCUGGAUUUCGUGUAUUAAUGGAUGUAUCACACAGCGAAUGCGGUCAUCAUCACAUGCCUCGGUAAAUGGAUCGUUUAAGCGCGUCUCGGAAGGAGGAACCUUUAGUGCUCAGCUGCAAGGGCGAACGUCUGAGAGUUUGCCCUUGCUGGAUGAUUUCAGCAUGGAUAGCGCGAGUUUUUCCCGAAUGGAAAGGUCUCAAAUCACGACCAGCAUGAUGGCAAUGAAACGUUUCGCUACCGACACGACUAUCAUUCAGCAAGCUGCUAACGACUCUAGAUUCGUUCGAGCAAGUGAGAAAAAACACAAGCAGCAACGGCAUCAAUCUCACCGGCAUCGAAACUCUCGUCUUGCUAGCAUUGAAUCACCACCCUUCGAUGUAGCAAAGACCACGCGCCGUCUGUAUCGCUCUUCCAGUGCCGGAUGCAUCCUUACUCAAUCGUCAUCAUUUUCCGCUGCCACUCGCACGUGCGACGACAACGGGCUGUCGAUGUUGCAUUCAUCCUCAUGUUCGACAAGUGAUCGACAAGGGCCCCUUGCCUUAUCGAAAUCCUUACGUGCACCAAACUUGAGCUUGCAAGGAUUCAAGCCACCCUCUAGUGUGGAGUUGGCUGUAUCUGUUGGCAGCAAGGCGGUGCAAGAUGCUCCACAUAUGCUGGUGGUUUUAUUCAAUAUCCGACAGGGCCAACGGCCAGAGGAGAUAUCACGUACGGAGGUACGAAGCUCACUUUGUUUUAGAUCUUGUGGUGGUGGCUAUUACGCUCGCGAUUUUAGCGCCUUGCUGUCAGUACCGCGCGCAGCUCGUUCAAUGCUCCAGUUUGAAAUUUUCUCGGUUGUAAACGCUUCAUCAGAGUCGCUGGAACAACAAAAGUCGCUUGGUUUUGUGCGAGUCUCAGCGCUGGACGUUCUCUUUUCGCGUGAACCUUCAAUGCUGCUCAAGUGUCACCGCACAGAUAUGUCCAAGCAGCUUUUCUAUCUUGUCGUCGAUCGGUUUGCCCCGCCUAAUCGCAGUAUUAAUGUCAGUCACGCGUAUACAUAUGCAAAGCAUCAUUUCCUCGUGGAUGCACAAACAAUGGAGAAGGGCAAGGCGGGUGAUCUUAUGUCUAGCUCUACUAUGAGCAUGGGAAGUUUGAUCUAUAGCGAAAUGCUUCAUAGUCAGAUAAACUCAUCGGCAGCUAGCCAUGUGCUUGUAUCAGAAGAAUUGUCGGCGUCGUAUGUCUCAGUGUCAAUGACUGUUGCUUUUCUGAAGCAUCUUCAACGGCGAAAUGUCGCCCGUAUCGAUGAGGCAAAGCAGGUGAUCCAUGAUAUGAAACAGCAUAUUCGUGUGACUGCAAAUUCGAAUUUGUCUAGCGCGCUUGUGCAAGACGUGGAGGGUCGAAUUCGAGACGUGGAAGUUGAAAUGGCUCAUUAUAUGCGUCUUUACGCCUCCUACCAAGAUAACUUGAAGCGAUAUGAGACCAUGUCGGCAUCGCUCGAGGAAGGUCGCGAGCAGGGGAUUACGGGAUGUCUCAAGCGAAGCAAUAUGAAGAAAGACAAAGCAACAGCGUUCAUGGCUACCAACCUUAACUGUCACCUUGUGCGUGGAAGGCGUGUGAAUCUUGCUUGCGGUGCUGAUCGAAUCUAUCGGGGACGAAGAAGUAGCUUAACAUCCACAAUGAUUGACGAUGCAUCCACGUCUGAUGAUAGCGAUGGCGAGACGUCGUCUACAUCUGACUAUGUCUUCUCGGUGAUCACUCACGGCUGUACUUCAGCUCACAUUAUGGGCUUUAAGGAGGGUGGAUUGCGUCGUCUUCAGCAGCAAUUGGUAUCACAGAGUCUACCAGACCGUCGUCUACGCGAGCGUAUCGAAAUGAGAGAAGAUGUUGUGCGCUCGCAGGUGCUCGCAAUUGCGGGUGCAUCAUUCCUUAACGCUGUGACCCUAGCCGCAACUCGUGGUGGACAGCAUCGGCAACGUUUGCAGUUGUCCUGUUCGACGGGCUUCUUGCUUAGCGUUGAGUCUUUGCUAAGCACUGUUGGUGCCGAGAAGGGGAUGCUUGAAGAUAUGUCAGAGGGUAUUCGGUGGUUAAAUAGCGUCGUAAGUUUGCAGCUUGUCCAGUCUGCUGAAUUGAAUCCCCACGUGGAAAUGUCAAAAUGCGUGAGCGUGACAAGUACACCAACUGGAGAUCACGUUGUGGCUGCGUUUGCUGUACCUCCUGGUGUGUUUACAAAACUUCCAGAGGUGCUGCAACAGGGCCAUGCCAUUAAACUUCAUGGCGUCAUGUUUACUCAAGGCAUUAACGAGAUGCAAUCAGUGGCCAAUCAUUAUCUGAACUCGAGUCUCCAAGAUGAACUUAAUUUUGAAAAUGUGCAGAUGCUGCAGCGAUAUUUCCGAGUCUAUCAGGCCGAAGUGAUGAUGACUAGUGGAGAUGAUGAGAAGAAGCGUGAAACCGAUAUCAUUGCACUAGCAGAGCUUGAGUCUGAUAUUGAAGCACUUACUGGUCGUCUCAAUAUUCGCACAGAGAAUGUGCAAAAGAAGUUUGUCAAUAUUUUGAUCACGUCCAGUGAUAUUUGUCGUCGUCUAGGAGCUGGACGUACGACGUGUUGCAAGAGUGGCAAAGACCGCACAGCCAUGUCCGUUACGCUGGAAGCCUCUCGUUUACUUGUGGAUCAUUUCCAUGUUAAACAAGGUGUACAUCUUUGUAAUGCAAUGAGAGAACGUGGUGUUCGUCGUGUAAAUGUCUUGGCAAAUACUGGCAAAACGAAAUUUGCAUUCAAUUCCUUCCAGCUCAAGUAUAUUCCUGAUUGUUAUAAACCACCACUUGCAUGUGCUGAUUCACAUGUGGCGUCAUAG